AUGGCCAUCUCAAUUCUACCAGUCCCUCUCAACGUUUACGCGGAUCAACAGCGCAUGCUCCUCCUGCCCACAGAUCAGGGGCGGGCUCCUCUACCGGUACCCAACUCUACCCGGUCGUUCUGGAUCGACACACCUGGUGCCAAUCCGCUGGCAAAGGAGGGAAGCCAGGGUACACUGACUGCAGACGCUGACGUCUGCAUCAUCGGAUCUGGGAUUACAGGCAUCUCUGCGGCUUAUCAUCUGGGUAUCGCACUGGAGGGGAAUCGGUAUACUGAGACACCGCUCAAAGUUGUGGUUUUGGAAGCAAGGGAUUUCUGCGCAGGAGCGACAGGACGCAACGGCGGUCAUUUGACCCCCUGGGUAUUCAGGGACUUCAGCCCGCAUGCCACAGCCUUCGGAAACGACGAAGCUCUGCGCGGGAUUCGCUUGGAGCAGCAUACCGCUGCAGAGAUUGUCAAGAUAAUCAAAGAGCACACGCUCGAGAGCGCAGUCGACUUGGUGGAAGGUGGUCACAUUGAUCUUAUGCUCAACGCAGAAGAAGUAGCCGAUAUGCGGACUGACUACGAAGCUGCCAAGGCCGCUGGUGCCAAUGUCGAUACAGUACGAUGGAUGGACGAAGAAGAGAUGAUAGCUAACUACGGCACAUCGUAUCCCGGCGUAAGCGUCCCGGGUCACAACCUCUGGCCCCUCAAAUUUGUCACCGAGGUGUAUAAACUCGCCGCCGCAUCUCCCCAACUGUCGCUCGCGCUGCACACGAACACGCCCGUCACAUCGCUCAGCUCGAACGGCGAUUCUCCGCGCCGCUGGAACGUCACAACCCCGCGUGGCUCUGUGCACUGCUCCUACGUGCUGCAUGCGACGAACGCGUAUGCGUCGCACCUGCUUCCGCACAUGACUGGGCCAGCAGGAAUCAUACCCACGCGUGGGCAGGUCAUCGCUACGCGCGCAAGUGCGGAGCUGGAUGUCAUCUCACGACGCUCCUGGAGCGCAAAUCAGGGAUCCGAGUACUGGUUCCCGCGGCCCGUCGAUGCGGCCAACGGGGAGACGCGCCCGCUUGUGAUUCUCGGUGGUGGGCGCGAGGCUGAAACGCCUUCGUACGAACUAUACGAGGCGGACGAUUCGGUCCUCAACCCACAGGUGGGCGCUGUAUUGCGCAAGUUCCUACCAGCCGUGUUCCCUGGUCGGUAUGAGGAGGGCGCGGAGCCGGAGAUGGAAUGGACCGGAAUCAUGGGCUAUACGGCGUCCGGCGAUCCCUUCGUAAAAAAACCCGCGGAGGCGGAAGCGUUUAAGGGUCAAUACAUUUCGGCAGGAUACUCAGGGCAUGGCAUGCCGCGCGCGUUCGCUUGUGCGGACGCUGUGGCCCAAAUGAUCGUUGCAGACAUCCUUGGAAAGGCUUGGACGCCACCAGAUUGGCUGCCGCGACACUACAUCACACAAUUGUGA